AUGGAACUGUCUACUAAAGAAGUUGAAGGGGCUCAAAUUUGGAGACCUCAGAUGCAUGCUCAUGGUAAGGACAUUCAUUCAAAGGAUUCGGUCGUUGACAAUCUCAACAUCACAAUUGGCUUGGCUAAGGUGUCCAUUCUUCCCCCUAACUUAUGCAUUUUAGAGGAUCUAGACGAUGAUGCUCUUGCACGGAAUGUUGUUCAACUUAUGACCGCAACUAGGGGCAAGGAUGUGAAGGAAACCCUAACUUCAAGGUCUCUAGAUUUCUUGAAAGCCUUUGACAAAAUUACUUGGCUCCAGGAUGAAACAAUAGAGAAAUCGAAGAAAGCGGCUCGCGACAUGGCUACUUUGGGGAAAGGGCUCAACUCCUCUCUUAAAUUCAAUCUGGAAGCCCUUCUAUCCUCGAUUAAGAUUGCUAUGGACGAAGCCUAUGACAAGGGUUUUGAGAAGGCAAAGAGUGCUACGAUAGAGCAGGUUUCGGGGAUUUAG